AUGGAGCUCAUCUGUCUCUUCAACGAUGCUCGCGACGUCCGCAACUUCCUCAAGCGUACUUGGACACGGUACGCUGAACGGAAGACCGAUCUUGUGACCGCCAGUCUAGUAACUCAGGCCUCCUUCCAACACUUGACACAUCUCGAACUCGACUUCUCGCGGGGUUAUCGCUUUGGUUUCCUCGACAUCAUGUUUGGAACUCUGUACACAUUUUGCGCUCUAGGAGAGGCAAAGCAUUGGCUGGUGAUGCCGACCGAGACCGAGGCCAAAGCGUUUGCGUACGACAACAUGCAACGGAUUAUAAGGUCUGGAUGGAUACCGACGCCAGAAAUUGACGAUUGGCUCAUGUCAGAUACGCUUGGCAUGUUGGAUUCCAUUGCGGAUGUUCUCUCAAAAGGCGGGCAGCCAACAGAAGAUGCGCUCCGGCCAGUUUUGUCCAAGUGCUCGACGAACGCCGAGCAUUUUCUUCCCGACACACGCCGUCUCGCUCAACUCCACAUUGAGUCUAAGGCAAUGCAACCAUCUUUUGCUCGAGUGGAUCUUCUCGCCACUCGUCUCAGAGAGACAAUACAACGCACCCGGGUCAGGAUGAGUACCGCGGCUAUGUGUCGUACAUUCUUCGACCUCUACACCAUCAGUGGUCUGCACUCUCUUGUUGAGUCUGAUCUGAAGCAAUUCAUGAGCCAUCGUUCGAUACAACAUCUGAUAGAGAUCGACAAGAGUUCUGGCAUUCAGGAUUCUUUGAUGAAAGCUCAUCUUGACGCUCUCUUUCCGCCUGUCAAUUCAGAUCAGAAGAAACUCUCUGUCCGCAAUCCGUUGUUUCUAGGGUCUGUUCUGAGUUCUCUGGUUUUGAAACUGAACAGUUCGGAGCUCAGUAUAGUGAACAAAAGCGGAUCGCUGAUGGCCGCGGCGCAUUUGUACAAUGCUCUUCGCGUUUUCAAUCCCCAGACCAUGCCGCGCUGGCACGACCUGGACCUCUUGAUCGAGCUGCAGAAGGAGCCUAUGUUUGCCCCCGAGCCGCCAACCGAGUUCGCUCAAUGCGUCAGUAGAUUCUGGAUAGCUCAAGGACUAAAGCCGUCGGAGAUUGUGUCAGCUCGAAUGACGUCCAGAAGACUGGCUCUUGCAUCUGGACGUAAACAUCCAACCGAACUAUAUGAGAAGCGUUUGGCAGGUUUGAAAAGGGGCUCCGGGGUGAGAAGAGAGCUUCGGACUUUGGCGGAGGGGCUUGAUCCCUUGAAGAACACCCCAGGCAAGCGGCGCGAGUUGCGACUGGCACCGCUAUUGCAACAUCUUCACUGGAUGCGAUGCAUUACCGGUGGAUGGAGGCUAUCAAUGGACGAGAAGACGGUACGAGGGUCUGUCGAGACAGAUCUGGGAAAACGUCUCGGUCGCGGUCAAUCUCCUCCCCGAGCAAGUGAUCUACCCGUUGUCGUCUGGCUUGGUCAACUGGAGAAGAUGAUCCAAGCUGAGACACCAAGCUUGUUCUUUGGCUUCACAGAAUUGGAACAAAUCAUGCUCGAUAGUCUCGGCUCUCUUGCGUCGACUGGGGCGGUAGCUCGCGCCUUUGAACAGCCCGACUGUGCCCUUGCGUCGUGGAAAAAGAGCAUGCCAUCUGAGGAAUCGCUCCUCGAAUCUGAGCAUAAAAGGUGGUUGGGUUGGUGCAGGUAA